GGGUAAAAUUAAAAUGUCUGACAGCAAAUCAGACCUUUUGAGAUUAAUUAGAAUUUUAGGUUAAUUUUAACACAGUAAACAGAAAAAUUCAUUCAUUUUUCAAUAUCAUUAUGUGCCUUUUUUCCAUGAAGUGUAUACCAAGAGUUGUGUUUGUUUUGCUUUCUGAGUCCCUGCUGUAAGGGCAAAACGGAUUGAAACCAGAUGCUUUGACGUGGGAUUGAGUUGUGUAGGCGCGUGCGUUUGAGUGGACUGUAAAUAGAAGACAGCUUUCACAUUAAACCGUGAGCACGUGGUGGCGUCGUUGAGUGCUGUUUAAUAGGCGCCUAAUUACUCACAGUGGACCAGUGACGCUCUCUUGGGAUUCCACCCAUAUCAGACUAGUAACCGUAUACGAGUGUGUGUGUGUGUUAGAGUGUGUGUGUUUGAGUGUGUGUGUUUGGGGCGUGGCUUGUGUGUGAAAUUGAGUUUUUUUUCAUCCCGUUGUUUCUUGCGCUUCUCUCUCCACUUCAAAACUGCUGUCUGGGUAAGUUGUGUCACAGUCUGCCUGCGCUACAGAUUUACAGAUGCUGCUGAAACGCACCACAGCUCGGUCGCUGCUGAUGUAAAAUCAUCCGGAGGCGAUGCACGAGCUCAUAAAGAUGGCUGGUUGUGCAGCUCACACUUGUGGAAUAUUCCUGGAUUACAGCAGAAAGACUUCUUUACUCCUCUGGGAGUAAAACAGUGUUGUCGGUGACCGUUUUCUGUGUGAUCAGCCUGCAGGUUUCCAAGCCCUUAAAUCACAGUUUGCUGAGAUGAGUCCGUUCUACAUCGUGAUUGAAGUUGUAAUUGCUGUUCUCUCCAUAUCCGGCAACGUACUGGUGUGCUGGGCUGUCGCGAUUAACACCACUCUGAAGAACGCCACCAACUACUUUCUGGUGUCUCUGGCUGUAGCUGAUAUUCUGGUCGGUUGCCUCGCCAUCCCCUUUGCUAUCACCAUCAGCAUUGGUAUAUAUUUGGACUUCUAUGGAUGCCUCUUCUUGGCCUGUUUCGUCCUGGUACUGACACAAAGCUCCAUCUUCAGUCUUCUUGCAAUUGCCAUCGACAGAUACCUGGCUGUGAAAAUCCCUUUGAGGUAUAAAGAGUUGAUGACAGGAAAGAAAGCCAGAGAGAUCAUCGCUAUUUUAUGGAUCCUGUCCUUCAUCAUUGGCCUCAUCCCAUUCUUUGGAUGGAACAACAAGUACAAGAGUUGUGGAAACAGCAGCAGCAGCUCUGGAGCAGACAACACUACAGAUGCUGGUUUCAUGGAGGGACUGAGGGGAAGUGGGGACUUAUUACAGAGCUGCAGGCUCCAGUGCUACUUUGAGACUGUGGUGGACAUGCAAUACAUGGUCUACUUUAAUUUCUUUGUGUGCGUGCUGCUGCCACUGCUCAUCAUGCUGGGAAUCUACCUGAAGAUCUUCACUGUGGCCAGAAAGCAGUUGAGACAGAUUGAGCUCAAGUGUGUGGGCAAUGGGGACAGCCAUCAUCACGGGCUGCUGCAAAAGGAGAUUCGUGCCGCCAAAUCGCUCUCCAUCAUCGUAGGACUGUUCGCCAUCUGCUGGCUGCCCGUCCACAUCCUCAACUGCCUGACGCUGUUUUACGAGAACCUGACAAAGCCAGAGCCUGUCAUGUACGUGGCCAUCAUUCUGUCCCACGCCAACUCUGCGGUCAAUCCCAUUAUCUACGCUUACCGCAUCCAGGACUUCAGGAACACAUUUCGCAAGAUCCUGGCUAGACACUUCCUGUGCCACCGGGAGGAGCUGUACCUGAGCUCCAACGGCAGCAGACGCAACAGAGACCAGAUCCACAUGACCAUUGACCCUCUGCUAUAGAGCAAGUCACUUAGAGGAGGAUUAUCUGUUGUUUUAUUGUCACCGAGGUUUAUAAUGUUUACAGAACAAGGGUGUGAUAUGUGAAGAUGAACCGCCUUGAAUGUGGACAUUUAUUUAUGAAACGUGCCAAGUAUCAGAGGUCAAGUAGUGAAAAGCUGAACGGAGAGUCUUAAAUAACUUUUUUGUAUUGUGAAGGAUUUUUGAUCGAGCUAACUGGAUUUGUGGGACUGUGAACAGGAUCCAAAUUAUGUUACAUUCUGAAAUGUUAUCUUUCUGAAUCCACCUUGUUGCUAUUCCAAACACUCCUUUUGUUGCCCAACUGUUUUAUAUUGUCAUCAUUCAGUGCCAGUGUUUAUUAAUUUAUUUAUUACAAGACUUAACUGUGAGAAUGUAAAGAUCAAAAACUUUGUGUGACUAGAUCUGUAGUUGUGAACCUUGUAAGGUACAACAGUAGUAGUUUGCAUCCUUUUAAAAUGAAGUCAUACCAAUCACCAUCACAAGCUCCAAACACAGAGAAGGAAAUCUCAAAGGAAAUAUCAGAGCUGCUGCCCGUGUUCUCAGCUGCUUGUGUGGCUGCACUGGUGAAUUUGUGCACAGGCGUAGAGACAUGAACUACAGAGGGAGGAAAUUUGACUCUUAUACAUAUCAGAAAAUGUCAAAAGCUAAACCAGAGGAAACGAGGAAACCCAACACAAACAAAAACUUUAAUUUCCUAUCCCAUGAAUCAUCUCACGCAGCCACAGGGGUCAGAAAAUUAGCUUGUGACCCUUUCGGCGAAGAGCCAGUUGGAGGCUUAUUCUGUGGUCAGGACAAAUGACGCAGUCAUGCAGACGCAGAACAUUUCAAGCAGUUUAGCAUAACCCACCUGUGUCACUGCCCAUGUUAAUGAAACAGGAGGCUCAGGAGGCGGAAAAUUGAUUGUACCCUUUGUUAAAAUGCACCAUGUCAAGAGUACCAGCUGCUUUGUUUUAACCAAGGGAUGACGCGCUGUAGCCAUACAGAUAGAUGUCAAAUCUGAUUCUUCAAAUAGAUUCAUAUUUAUCAUCCCAUAGGCUCCUGAUGUACGCAUAUUUAGAGGGUCACAUAACAAAGCUUGGGUGCUUUGUUUUGUUUGGGUGUUAUUGAAUGUCAGUGGCCGUAGGAAGGAACAAAAAGUCAAUGGAUUGUAUUGAAUAUCCAAGUAGAAUUAGUGAGACUCAGGCACUCUGAGAAUUUUUACUUCACUCUCUGAUGCUGUUGUAGCGUCAUAGUUUGAGGCAGCACAGCCGCGGCUCUGCUUUUUCCAGAGUCAACUUUGAAUGCACCACGCUUUGCAUCUUUCCUGCAGGCAUGUGCUGGUCAGCAUUGUUGUGCAUGUUACUGUUGAGCUUAUACAUCUAAGUCCAGAUGUGAGAGGUGUUACAAAAAGGUAAUUUAAUUUAAUCAGAGCUAAGAGAUAAGUUUGGAGCAUUUAUUCAUGUGAAAAUAAAAUGGUGAUUUAGUCCCCCUGUGAGCCAUCACUACAGCAAUGACAACACAUUACACUGAUGCAUUUGGUGUACUUCAUUGUAGAUGUUGAAACAUGCUGUGUUGGUAUCUGAAGUGUUUUUCAGUUGAAAACAUCUACUGCUUCUCCAUCUCCCCUCAUUUACUGUUGUGUCCUUUGUACCACCUCUGUAAAACUACAAGGGCUAAAACACAGGAGUGUGCCAAAGCUUUAGUACAUUCCAAUGGAGACAAAUAUACUGUAACUGCACUGUAACCUUGUAUUACUGUCUUUGUUGACUGAUGUGUAAACAUAAGUACUGUAGGUGUCCAGCUUUCUACAAGCUAUGGGUUGAUGUUAAACUGUUGCCUUCUUUUGCUGUUUUAAAGGUAAGAUGGACGACAACACGUUGAUCUGGUUCAACAUUCCUGCCUUUCAUUCCUACGUAUAGAUCUGUCAGUGUGCUGAAGUGUUGUUACCAAUAAGGAGAAACAUCCACUGUGCUCACGCUGAUGUUCAACCUUUCCUGAGGCUGUUCUUUGUCUGUUUCAUCAACAAAACUACAACCACAAAACUGAUCCUGCUAUUUAACAUGAUGCAAUCUGUACGUAUGGUGAAUUAUUUUGUUAAUAAAGGCAAUGUUUAUAUUGUUA